AUGGAAGACAACGCUGUGGAGGUCAAUCCACUUUAUUUGACCGACGAUUUUUGUAAGAAUUUCAGAGAAACCAUAGCAGGUUCCACUCCAGCAUCUAAGCCCUUCCCGCAUUGGUCUCUUGAAAACUUCAUAUCUAAUGAAGAGUUUGUACGUUCAUUGCGAAAAGAAUUGAAGGAAUUAAAGUGGAAGCGCAAAGAGAACGAUCUGUAUUCCAUUACUCAAACAGAUGAUCUCGCUAAUGUCACUGAUAAUAAAUAUCGGAAUGUUAUUAAAUAUCGAGAGUUUGUCAAAGAUACGAUGCGCAAUUGGUUGAUGAGAGCAUCCGGUAUUAGUCUAAAUCAGCAGGUUGAUUUAACAGGUAGUUCAUACAAGUAUACGGAUGUGCUUUUACCGCAUGAUGAUCAGCUGGAGAAGCGCAAAUUUGCUUUCGUUUUAUAUUUGUGUGAUGAAUCGUGGAAAGAACAACACGGAGGUCAACUCAAACUUUAUCGUUGUGAUGAUUCUGACAAUCCUUUGUCGGUCCAUAGAGAAAUUUAUCCCAAGUUCAAUAUGAUGAAUAUAUUUGAGGUAUCGAAGCGCUCGUGGCACAUGGUAUCUGAGGUAGUGACGAAAGGUGUUGAUCGUUUAUCGAUUAAUGGUUGGUUUCAUGCCGAUGAUGUACCCACAAUCCUUCCACUAAACGCUGUACGUCGUGAAGUAGCACUGCCGCAUAUGGACAUCACGUUGCAGCUUGAUGAGGUUACGGAAUGGAUCAAUCCAAGUUAUAUCUUGCCGGCAGAACAAGAAGCACUCAGAGCAAAUUUUGAAGAAGAAUCUCAAAUUUGUCUCACAAGAUUCAUUCGAAGAGAGAAACAUGAUCAGCUUAUGUCAGCAUUGGCCGCUUGUCAGUUCCAUAAAGAAGGACCACCAAGCAAAAGAGAGGUUUGGUAUUUGGAUGAGACGCACGUUGAAAAAACUAGCAUAGUUGGAUCACUUUUGCGUCUAUUCCGAUCUCGCGCCAUCACAUUACUUGCAUCACAAUGGACCGGCUUGAAACUCGAGCAAUUGGCUGACGAGAGUACUCCAGAAGAUAAAGAACUAAGUGGAGUGAGCCAAAUACCUAAUAUUAAGAGACCCAGGUUGGACGAGAGCAAUUUUGAAGUUGAGGAGCCAGUGAACAGUGAACCGUCGAAAGGCAAAGUUUCGGUUAAGAUAAAGAAAUUCAAGCAAGGUUGUUACACUUUGGCUGAUGACCAGUUAGCGCUAGAAUCAAGUGGCUACAUUUUGGACUUGCAGCUUUUCCUCAGUGAUGAUCAGUGGGACGCGGAAGCUGGUGGUUUUAUGUCAUACAUCGCGAAAUAUGACAGGCGUGAGGAAUUAAGAGUAAAUGUGGAAGAUAACUCCUUAGCGGUGGUCUAUCGUGAACCGCAUGUGUUUCCAAUCAUGAAGUAUGUAAACGAUCGUGCUGGUAAAAAGUUCUUUUAUGUGCUCGAUUGCACCGUUGUCGACGUACCUGGCGAUGAAACUGAUCUCAAUACACCUAACUCCAGCUCUUCAUCUGAUUCGUCUGAAGAGGACAGUGACGGAUGCAAUGCACCAACGUCUGAGGAGGGUUAG